AUGCCUCCAGACGUGCUUUGCCCGGAGAACACAACUAUAAAGGACUUUGCCUAUCCAGAAUCACAUCCGCUACAUUUAAGCAAUUUCCCCACAAGUCAGCGAUCGCUGAUAUCCAGCAGUGACUCUCUGGGAUACGAGGAUUUCGGUGGAGAAGAGUAUAGCGACGAUGACACGCUCGGGCCUGAGGAGAUCAACCGCAAGGCCGUGGCUCUUUUUGAUUUCGAGCCUGAAAAUGACAACGAAGUGCCUCUCACAGAAGGGCAGAUAAUAUGGAUAUCUUAUAGACACGGCCAGGGGUGGUUAGUGGCAGAGGACCCCGAACUGGGGGAAAACGGGCUCGUUCCGGAGGGAUAUGUCGAAAUAUGUUUCUCUGAAGGCGACGAGGAGGAAGAAGAAGUAGGGCGAGAAAGCCGAACGCAACCACAGCAAGAUGUUCCAAAGCCUUUUAUUCCUCGCUUGUUACAGGAGUACAAGAAUCCGGAGGAGGACAGUGAAUGGGAAGACACCGAUUUGGAGGAUACAUCCCACGACAACCACGAUGCUUCUGCCGAUCAAUCCAAGGAUACUGAAUCUCUCGAUAUUCAGAUGAAGGCAGCCAAAAUCCAAUAG